CAUCCGCAUCCAGCAACCAAAAGUCCAAAACAGACACAAAGAAGAGGCAUUUGUAUCCGAUCCCUCUACUCUCUCUCUCUCUCUCUCUCUCUCUCUCAUUGGAUCUAAGUUGCGAAGGCAGGUUCCAACCCCCAUUCAUCUCUAGCACCAUUAGAUCCAAUUCCUGAAAUCUUGAUCCGAUCCAUUUCCUUCAUGGGCAUUCUCUUACACCCAAAUGGGAAUGCCCACAAUAAUAAACCAUGACCAAACCCAUCGUUGACCAAGAAGAAGAAGAAGAAGAAACCCACACUUUGUUCUACGACUCCCACGACCGUUUACUAUCGUGCUCUACCUCUUCAUCUAACUCCGACGACGACACCGCAACUUCCCCUCAAAACGACACCACCACUGCCAAAAACGACAGCACUAACAACUCCAACUCUAGCUCCCCCACUCAUGCCUUGGCCAUGUGCAGGUACGAUAUAUGGAUCUCGGAACCCUCCUCCGUCUCCGAACGCCGUUCUCGCCUCCUCCGCCACUUCGGCCUCCCUGCUCGAUCGGUCUCCUCGCAACACCUCCACCGCGUCGCCGCCGACACAACCUCCGCAGCCUCUGCUGCCGCCGCCAUUCUCCGAUCCAAAUCCGAGAGCGCCGCGGAUCGGUGUGAUUUACAGGUGCCAGCUCAGCAGCCUGCAAUUCGAUCGGUUUGCCGCUCUGGCGACGCCGGUUCGGUUGUAAAUAACGGUAAUUGCAGCGCUAAUGGCAAUGUCUCAACGGUCAUCGAUUCUCGGGGCAAGAGCGAUGAAACUCGGAGAGAGAUUGAGAGUGUGGAAGAGGAAGCGUGCACUAUAAGGGAUCUUGAUAACGGGAAGGAGUUUGUGGUGAAGGAGGUGAGGAAAGAUGGCACGUGGAAGAAGCUUAGGGAAGUUGGAACUGGAAGGCAUUUGACUAUGGAGGAAUUUGAGAUGACUGUUGGGCAUUCCCCAAUUGUUCAGGAACUAAUGCGGCGGCAAAAUGUCGAAGAUGGUAAUGGAGAUGGAGAUGGAGAUGGAGAUGGAGAUGCGGUUGAUUUGAAUUCAAAUGAUUGUAGCCGCAGUGGUGGCGGUGGUGAUAGUGGUGGUGAGAGUAAGGUGAAGAGAAGGGGGAGUUGGUUUAAGAGUAUAAAGAGUGUGGCGAGUUCGGUAGCCGCAGCGGGGCAUAAGGAGAGGUGGAGCAGGAGUGGUGAUGAGAGGGAUACAUCGUCCGAGAAAGGUGGCCGGAGGUCCAGCUCCGCGACAGAUGAUAGCCAGGAUGGCAGUUCAUUUCUUUGUCCUGAGAGAGUGAGAGUGAGGCAAUAUGGGAAAUCAUGUAAGGAGCUGACAGGGCUUUACAAGAGCCAGGAGAUACAGGCUCAUGAGGGAUCAAUUUGGAGCAUAAGGUUUAGUUUGGAUGGGAGGUAUCUUGCAAGUGCGGGCGAGGAUUGUGUGAUUCAUGUUUGGCAGGUUGUAGAAACUGAGAGGAAAGGGGAGCUGCUGCUGAUGGAGAAGCCUGAAGACGCCAAUGUGAAUAUGUUGUUUGUCAUGAAUGGGUCGCCGGAGCGGGCUACGCUGUCCCCUAGCAAGGAGAGUAGCCUUGAGAAGAGGAGAAGGGGGAGGCCAUCUGUUAGCAGGAAGUCAUUGAGUUUGGACCAGUUAGUUGUGCCGGAAACUGUUUUUGCGCUCACGGAGAAACCCAUUUGCUCUUUCGAAGGCCAUCUCGACGAUGUACUUGACCUCUCCUGGUCCAGGUCUCAGCACUUGCUCUCGUCUUCGAUGGAUAAAACAGUGCGGCUAUGGCAGUUGUCUAGCAAGUCGUGUUUGAAAAUUUUUUCACACAGUGACUAUGUGACUUGCAUCCAGUUCAAUCCUGUUGAUGAUAGAUACUUCAUUAGCGGAUCUUUGGAUGCUAAGGUUCGCAUAUGGAGCAUUCCUGAUCGGCAAGUCGUGGAUUGGACUGAUCUGCAUGAAAUGGUCACUGCUGCAUCAUAUACACCUGAUGGUCAGGUUCGUCUGCAUUAA